UUCAGUUAUAUCCAAAGGAUCAAAUAAUGGAGCGAUUAUUUGAACGUUUAUCAGGAAGAAAUGAUGAACAUAUGGAGCAAUUAUCGGAACGUUUACCAAGGAGAAACGACGGACAUCAAAUACAAAAUGAUAAAAUAAACGCAUAUAUGGUACGAAAGAGAAAUAAUGCUGAACUGGUAAACCAUAUAUUGAAAAAUUUGAAUGAAGUUGACCUUCUUGGUGAGGUAGGACGAUGAAUAAAUGUCACAUCGAAUCUAUGGAGUGAUCAAAAGAUGAAUGUAUCUCAUCAUAUAACACUAUACUUAUGAUCAGUGUGUAAAUGCUACGAUUAUUUCGAGUAUUUAUUGGAAUGAAGGUCUGAAGAAAACUUGGAGAUUUUUCAAUAAAAAUGUCAAUAAAAAUGUGCU